ACGAAAGACAGACCGUCUGGAUUAUUUCGCGGCUCCACGUUAAGGUUGUUCUCACCAUGGCCCUGUGGUCUACCAUAUCAGUGUUCGCGGUAUCGCUGCUGUUUGCCAUCGCUCAGGAUGCUGACCAGGUGUGUUACGGAGACCUGGGGUGUUUCUCCCUCCAGGCGCCCUACACAAACACGGGCAGACUGCCGGACUCGCCGGACCAGCUGGACACCAAGUUCUACCUCUUCACUCGCAGUAACGCCAUGGUAGCGGACAGACAGUUGUUGGACUUCGACAAUCCGUCCACACUUCGACUGUCGUCCUUCAAACACGAGAAGCCGGUGAAGGUGUGGAUCCACGGCUUCACCAGCGCCAAGACUGCCGAAGACGUCGUCAGUUCCAGCGCUGCGCAGGCCAUGGCGGAAACCCACAAGAAGGACGAUGUCAACUACAUCAUCGUAGACUGGUCCAGAGGGGUGCAGUAUCCGGACUACACCGCGGCCGCAUCUAACAUCCGGGUGGUCGGGGCUCAGCUCGCCAAGCUCGUCACGUUCCUGGUGGACCAGACGGGAGUUAGCCUGGAGCAGUUCCACCUGAUAGGCUACAGUCUGGGCGCACACCUGGCAGGGGAGGCCGGAGCCAGGCUACCCGGGCUGGCCAGGAUUACAGGUUUGGACCCAGCCGGACCCAUGUUUGAACUAGCGGAUCCGGCGAUUCGUUUGAGCCCGGACGAUGCCAACUUUGUUGACGUCAUUCACACGGACACUCCUCACUUUAACGUGGCCUUCGGCAUCGGGACGCCGGUGGGAGAUGUAGACUUCUACCCUAACGGAGGGGCCAGGCAGCCGGACUGUCCGGACCCUGUGGUGGAUACUCUCUCCAGUUUGGUUUCUGGCACUUUCGAUGCCAGCGGCCUUGUUGACGGGGCGGGCUGCAGCCAUCAUAGAGCCCUGGACUACUGGAUAGAAUCCAUCAACAGCCCGUGCUUGUUCGUGUCUCACCGAUGUGACAGCUACAGCAAGUACGAGGACGGGGAAUGCUGGGAUACCAGCGGUGGCUCCUCUGCAGUGAUGGGCUAUGACGUCGACACAAGUGCGAGAGGCACCAUGUACACGUCAACAUUCGCCCAAGGCUCGUUUUGCGGCACGGAAUUUAAGGUCUCCUUCAGAACUAGGAGACAUGCAAGAACAACCAGAGGACAGGUAGAGGCUACUGUGGUCGGUCCAGGCGCCUCUACGGACGCAACCGAACUUUUCAGUUCUGACAGCAAGUCCUUCUAUGACGACCGGACCUACGCCGGCCAGUUUAUGUCCCGGGCGAACCUGAGCGGCGUGCGGGAGCUGCAGCUCACGUUCACGGCUUCUGACAGCGCGACGUUCUGGUCAAGUAACGGUGACCUGAAAAUCACGCGGAUAGACGUCCAGUCCAGCACCGGGGUCACGGUCUCUCACUGUGGAGACUACGAGCUGCAGUCAGGAUCGACCGUGACCUUCACAGCGUUCGGCAACUUCGAACCUGGCAAGCGGAUCCGCUACAACGUGAGAAAAGGCAAGCGCCUACCAGAACUGCGGUCACUGCCGUACGAGGACAUCCUGAGGGUGUACGGUCAAAAAAGACAGCAGGGACAGUCUUCCAGUAGAAAGCAGCCCGCUGACCACGGAAACCACCACACCACCACCACACAAGCGAUGACCACGACGCCAAAACCACCCCAGGUAGUCUGCUAUGGCGACCUGGGCUGUUUUUCGGACGAGUACCCGUUUGAUAACACCGGCCGUGUGGUGCCCCAGUCUCCUGAGUACAUCAACACCGUGUUCUAUGUCUUCACUAAGAGCAACCCCACCAUAGAGGCCAGACAGGCUAUUUCAUACGACGACAUCCUCAGCGUACAGAACUCGCCCUUUGACCCCACCAAGCCGGUGAAGGUUCUGAUCCACGGGUUCUACUCCUACCCCAUCACCGGAGACCCGUUCUGGGCAGGAGACGCCAUGAGGGAGAUCCUCAAACGGGACGACAUAAACGUCAUCAUUGUGGAUUGGAACAAGGGCGCGGAGUUUCCCAACUACGCUCAGGCAGCAACAAACAUCCGCCUGGUGGCCGCUCAAGUCGCCAAACUCAUCACUUUCCUCAUCAACGGGACGGGAGCCGGUCUGAACCAGUUUAGUCUAGUUGGGCAUAGUCUGGGGGCGCACCUGUCUGGUCACGUGGGAAAGAGACUACCCGGUCUGCCCAGGAUCACAGGUUUGGAUCCUGCCGAGCCGUUCUUCGAGGAUUACGACCCGAUCGUGCGCCUGGACCCCACGGACGCUCUGUUCGUGGACGUGAUCCACACGGACGGGGGAGAGAUCCUGUCCGGGGCCUGGGGCCUGGACCUGCCGUCAGGACACGUGGACUUCUACCCGAACGGCGGGAAGGGACAGCCGGGGUGUGGGAACACGUGGAUCGGCAGCAUCACCAGCGUCUUCGACCCUAGCGUUACACUAGAUGACGUGGUGGACUGUAGCCACAACCGCGCGUACGAGUUCUACAUCGAGUCGAUCAACAACCCCUGUAAGUUCGUGGCCUACCCCUGCCGCAGCUAUGACGACUUCGCCGCUGGAGGAUGCCGGGACUGUUCCAACAACGCAUGCUCAGUGAUGGGAUAUGACGUAGACAAUAACAUGGCUGCCCGUGGAAGUCUCUACCUGUCUACCGGAGAUACUGGGCCAUAUUGUAGGUACGAGUACAGAGUGACAAUAAAGACAAAGGCAGGGAUGGAGCACACGAGAGGAAACCUCGUCGUGAUCAUCAAGGGGAACGGACAGACCACACCCCCAAUCCAAAUCUUUGACUCCGGCAGCUAUGCUCUUGACCAGGACACCACGCACUCGGGGAUUGUGACAUCCACUGUGGGGAUUGACUCCAUACUGGAGCUGCAGCUGACCUACCUGGCCACAGAUAACAUCCUGUACUCCUGGGCUAACGCAGCUGAUCUCACUAUAGACAGGAUCGACGUCACAUCCAGUAGUGGAGCUAGUGUGUCUUACUGUGGAGAGAUGCUACUUAGAGACGGACAGAUGAACACUCUUUCAUCCUUCAACAACUGUGACGUCACCCCGUAAAAACAGACGUGCCUGUAAAUCAGUAUCAUUCACGCCAUCUGUUCGUACGGAAGUAUUUCCUUGGGCGGCUGAGCUACGGGUUUGUGUGUCUGUUUUUACGGACAGAGUAGGUUGACAAGACGUGGGUGGGAAAGAUUUACAUGUAAAAUGACAAGAGACCAAACGGUCAGGCAUAGGAUUAUGGGAGACAUUGAAGGUCACGAAAUACUUCCAGCAAGUCUAAAAUCCCCGAUUUUGUUCUGCGUUUUAAACCUCGGCAUCUCUAAGCAAAAAAAGAUAAAUGG